UAGUUAUAUUUUUUUCAACUUCUCAGUUUUGUAGAAAGAUUGAUUGCCAUAUAUAUAUAUAUUGAUAGCAAUUUCAACAAUGACUGCAGGAAUGGUAAAAGUUCCUACAAUUGUUCCAUUACGACCGCCUUCAAAUGGCCGUAAAAACAUGAUCGACUCGAGGACAGCGAUAGAAAUACUCUCAGAUACUGAAGGGGCCAUUAUUUACUACACUACAAAUGGAACAAAGCCAAAUCCAUUUCAAACAAUUGGAAAAAACUUUACAUAUAGAUACUACAAACCAUUUGUACUUGCCUCUGGUAGAAAAACGGUAAAAGCCAUGGCUACAACAAGUGAUGGAACCAGAGAAAGCUCCAUUGUAACUAAAAGGUUUAUUGUUGACGAGAGUGUUCAGCAACAUUCUGAUGAAGUGGACAUCUUAGAAGAACUUGAUGAAAAUCAAGAUGAAUUAAAUCAUCUUUCCAAUUUUACAAAAUGGAAUAGUUGGACCAAUGAGAAUGAUAGCCAUAUGAACCCACCAAACCAUGGAAAACAAAAGCCAAAUGGCAAAAGGUUUAAUCGAAACAAAGAUGUUAGCUCUCCUGAGUAUUUGAGUCUUUUAUUGGAUCGUCCAAGUCAUGAAGAUAACUUUGACGAUGGUCAAGAGAAAAGAGAAUCGGUUGUUGAGUUGAACAAAUGUAUAUACUGUUUUGCACCGUGGCCAUCUGAUCCUUAUUCUACCUACUGUAACGAUUGUGGGUCAUUAUUGCCACAAACAUCUACGUCACAAUCUCUUAUGUCAAACCCAGAGAAAAACUUUUCAAGAAAUGUAACUACCCCUCCACUGCCUCAAGAAAACGAACCUUUAAUCACGUGUCCAAAAUGCUUUCGCGUAAACAAUGGUGAAGCACGAUUUUGUGAUUGGUGUGGAUCUAAGCCACUGCCGUAUGCCAGCUACCUUACUUGCUCAAAUUGUAAUGGAAAUAACCAACCUUACUCAAAAUAUUGCUCAAUGUGCGGCUGUCUUAUCGACGCACCACCGCGGAGGUGUGCCAAUUCUGUACUCGCAACAUUAGUUGAAAAAAAACAAAUAGAAAAGAAUCUAAACGGAGACUGUUCAUUAACAUGGAUACCAGUUGAUGUUCCCCGACUGUCUAGCGAGACUGUUAAUCAGGCGACUCAGACCAGCGGUUUGUUCUAUCCUUCAAGUACUUCACUUACAAAGCAGCAAAAGCUAGAGGCAGAUACCAGAGCGCGGAAUGACCAUUAUCGUCACGGGAAACCACUGUUUAGUGCCGUAAGUCCUGGAAGGGGAUAUUGGCGACAGCAGAUAGACCACAUCUGUUCCCAUUUGAGAGCUUAUGCGCAAAACGAGGCAGAAUUUCGUAAAUUAAUUGGUGAACCCAAGAUGGGAAAGCUAGUUGCCACGAAAGUAGAUGAAGAUUACGAAGACGAAAAGAUUACAGUGUCUGUUACAUUUGCCUUACGUAAUAAAAAUGAUGGGCAAAGUAAAACAAAACAUGAAGAGCAAGUUUCAACAACUUAUCAAAACAGCGAAACAUUCGCUUUGGAAACAAGAUUACGUUUUGCAGAUAACUUAUCGAGUCAAGAAAAAAGAAAAUCAAGAAAAAAAGCGCAAAAAAGAAGUCAUCCAGUGAAAAGUUUCAAGAAAACAAAUGAAACGCGAUUGUUGUUUGAGGAGCUUGGACAGUCUGGAGAAGGAAACCCAGAAAACGUACAACGUCUUUUAAACGAGGGUGCUGAUGUAAACGCAGAAAACUCGAAAGGUAUGCGGAUUUUGUCAAUGGCAGUGCAGCACAACCACUUGAACUGUAUUCCAGUGUUGGUUAAGGAAGGAGCCCAACUUAAUCAUCAGUCAACUGAUAAUGGCAACUCUGUGUUACACGAGGCAGUGUUGAAAGGCGCUGAUGUUGAAAACUGUCUCGAUGUUCUAUUAAGAUGUGGUGUUAAUACAAAGUUAACAAACAAAACUGGUGCAUCAGCGUAUGACCUUGCUUUAAAGUCUGGAAAAGAAAGCAUAAUAAAAAAAUUUACGACAAACAUUGGACAAGAGUUACUGCUAAAGUUAACCAAAAAGCAAUCUCAGAAUUAACACAUCAAAACAAUUUCACACUUUGUUAUCUAACAACUGAUGAGAUUUAUGACCACAAAAUGGCAGACACAUCACGUCACUGAUCGGUGUAGAAAAUGUGUCAUGAGCACUGUAUGUCAGCCUGAUUCUCUUUCUGUUAUAGUUAAACAAAGUUUACAUAGAAAUCUUUGUAAAUGAAGACAAUGCAGAUGUUUAGCAUGAGAUUGUUUUUCCACACAUCAAUGACAUUAGUUAAAACAUAAAAUAAAUAAUGUUUGUAUAAUCCAUGG